AUGUACCCUGCUGCCCUGUUUGCUUGUCGCCUUUCACCUGCCACCAGGUACAUCAUUGCCGGUCCACCCUUAGAGCAGAUUUCCAUUGCAGAACCGCUCGCAGCAAUUGGCGAGACGUGUCUCAGCCCUCAGGCGUGGGCAUAUGUCAAGGACUGUGUCGUGGAAGGCUCACCUUUGGAGGAGCUCCGAGCCAAGAUGUUGGCUCAAACCGCCAUCGUGCCAUGCGUUCCAAAUGGAACCAGCGGCUGGAGCAGCUCGCUGGGAAGUGUUGGUGAAACAGGGGCUACGCCUGCCAUUGGGGUCUUACGCUCUGCUAUUCUGGAGACCGCAUCUGCCAGACAUUGGCGUUGGGCUCUUCACUUCUUCGUAGCAGCGCCACGGGUGGUGACUCCUUCCUCCAACGCUGCGAUUGAGGCGCUGCUAGGAAGCCUUGCCGCUGUCAAGAAGUGGGCUCUGAAUCUGCAACUUUUUGAAGAGCUCUACUUUGAAGGACAUGACCUUUCAGUUGACUCCUUCCAUGACGCACUGUCCUGCUGCAAGUUGUGGGGUCAUGAGAGCUGGGCCCAUGCAGAAAUCUUGCUGGAGCGUAUGAGAAGCGUGUGGCAGACUGAGACGACAGAUUGCUACAACUUGGCCCUGGGCAUCAUACCAUGGAAGCGAGCACUGCACGUGUUCGAUCGGAUGCGCCACCUCAACAGCGCGAGCUUCAGCAAAGUGAUUUCCAGCUGUGGAAGGAGUGAAGAAUGGCAAGCUGCCCUGGCGAUUUUCUGUCAGAUGCCGGACUAUACCCUUGACCACAGCAUUGGGGCAUACAGCGCCAUGAUCAGUGCCUGUGAGAAGGGUUGCCAAUGGCAACGCGCUCUCCAGCUGCAUGGCCAGAUGAGGCGACGAAACGUGGUGAGUUUGUCCUCCUGCAUCAGCGCCUUAGAGAAGGGAAGGCAAUGGCAAAAAGCUGAGAGUUUCUUGGAAUCCAUGCUGCAGGAGGGACCGGAACCCAACAUCAUUACCUUCAACGCAUUUAUCAGUGCACUGAGAGAUGCUGAGAUGCAAUGGUCCAGAGUUCUCAGAGUCCUUCAACAGCUGGCAACUUAUCCAAUCGAAGCAGAUGACUUUACUUUGGUCGCAAGCAUUAGCAGCAUAGGUUCCAGGAGAUGGAGACCCGCUCUCGAAUUGUUGGUCACUUCGAGGUCACAAAGCACUGAAUGCAAGGAAGCUGCAAGUGCUUUAAUGAACUCAUGGUUCCCACAACGCUGGAGUUAUUCCAUGGCUCUAUGGGUGACCAUGGAACAGUCACACCUUGAGACGACCAUUCCAUGCCUUGGAGGCAUCUUGUUAUCCUUAAAGGCUUCCGGGCACUGGGAGUUGAUGUCCCACCGUCUGGCCGCUGUGCCUCCGGCGAGCGGCCGAGGCGGCGGAGGCGGCCGAGUGCGCUCGGUGCUGAUCAGCGGCCUGGCACAGGCGGCGAAGUGGAACGAAGCACUGGCUUUUUUUCAGCAGACGAAGACCCUGGGUCUACAGCCCGAGAGCUCUGAACACAGCGCUGCCAUGGGCGCCUGCACUGGUCCGCAGUGGCCUACAGCUGUGGGGCUCAUGGAUCCAUUGGAACCAACGGUGAGCAGCUACAACAUGGCAAGCAGUGCCUGUCAAGAUGGACACUGGGAGAUAAAUGGAGAUAAUGGAGAUGGAUGAUACCCUGAUGGUCA